AUGCGUCUGUUCACCGUGAGCGUCUCUGCACUGCUGGUGCUGUUGUUUUCAUGCACCACGUCUAAAGUUGUUGACAAAUUCAGUAAAUGCGAUUACUUUUUUAAAAGAACGUCUCCGGUUAUCCCUGGCAUUCUAAAUAAUUCAGUUGCACAGGAUGGAUAUAAAAUAAUCUGUCAACAAUAUAACAAACGUACCAGGUUUGCAACACUGUAUGAUAUAAAUAAGAGGAUCCCUGUUUUCUCGGCUUACAAAUACACCAGAAGACAAGAAUUCGAGAAUCUAAGAAAGACUCAAUGGAUGAUCGAAUCUCAGCUUGAACCUUCAAGUUAUGAAACCAACGUGCCAUUCAUCAAGCAGGCUUGCAGUGGAGACUAUCACAAUAACAGCCAAAAUGUGAGUGCCGGUCAGUUAUUUCCAGCCUGUCAUGCAGCUGAUAAAGAAACUGCUAUAUCCACAUUCACACUCACCAACAGCAUCCCACAGAAGAACAACUUGAGGAAAGGCAGCUGGACUCGCAUAGAACAACAGACUAAAGAAAUCAUGGACAAUCACUGUCGUGACCAAAACAGCAAGACAAUCUCAGCCUAUGUGUUGACAGGAGCUUUACCUGGAGAUGAUCUUCUGAACAAAAGAGUCAACAUUCCCUCUCAUAUGUGGAUGGCAUUUUGCUGCUACAACAGUACGGGGGGAUCAUGGUUCUCCAAAACUUAUUGGGCAGAAAAUGUAGGAAAAGAUCCUGGGGAAAAUAUUAAACUCAAGAGCCUGAAUGAAUUAGAAAUAUUUCUGAAUACAAAUUGGAAGAUAAAAGUACAGUUGUUUUACAGAGAUUGUAAUAAUUAA